GUAAAAGAAAGCAUGUGAAGUACAAAGUUAUUCGAAAAAUGACCCCCCAUAUGACUAGAAGUUUAUGUGUUUUCCAGUCUAUGAGUUCAAUCCUUUUUUCCCCAAAAUGAUAUCUCAUACCAUCGAUUACCAUCCUGCGUUAAUUUAAUGAAAAAAAUACGUUCCAUUUUUGCCCUCCUGAGUAAAUCCUGAAAGCAGUAAUCGGAUAGUAAGUUUACGCUUUUUUUGCCGAUGAAGAGACCACUCCAUAAGGUAAGGUAACCGCUUUCCAUGUUUAUUCCCCUAUACGUAAGGUAAUUAUACGUUUCUCCUUCCUUAUUCGUUUUCGUCCGUCUUCUACCAUUCCAUCUCUUUAUUCCAUUUUUCGUUUGCAACACUCAUGGAUUCCGUUCCCCUUUCUCAAUCGUGUUCAAUAGUUCCAGUCAUGUUAAAGUUAGAUGAUCAAUAGUUGUCUAACAUAUGUUUCAAUAGUUCAUAUGUUGUUUUCAUUGACAUCCCUUGCAUUCAUCAUUUUCUUCGUUGUGCGAAAUUGUGUAUAAUUCCUUAGGUGAAAACUACACAAAUAAACUCAUUCGCAUUUCCUAUGUUUUUGAGCCCUGCCCUCCUCCUGUUGUUGUCCAUGAUGACAGUACUUUGUUGUUUUAUAUUCAAAUGAAGACUCUUCAAGCGGAUGUUAACAAGCUUCCUUUGUGCGUGGAGAUCGUUGGUGAUAGACAAGGUAAGUUUAGGUUUUAUUGCAAUGUUUUUGUCAUAUUUGGAUUCUGUCACAUUGUUUUAUUGCAAUGAUUCUGUCGUAUUUGGAUUUUUUAGAUCAUAAUAUCAUUGAACAUUUGGAAGCCUUUGGAGAUGCUCAGGAAUUUGCUGUUGAUAAUGAACCCGUAGUCCCGUCCAAUGAUGAAUACUCACACGAGUCUUCCAGUGAUGAAUCUUUUUUGAAUGAAUCUUGUUUUAAUGAGUAUGAAGAGGAUUCUUAUAUUACUCAGUCUGCAUCUGAAGAUGGUGUCAUUCCAUCUUCUGAAUCACAUUCUGCACCAACUCAAAUAGCAAUGAAUGCUAUUUUCACAUCUAAGAAAGAGUUAUCUUUAAAGUUGAAGAUGUAUGCUAUCGUCAAUUUUUUCCAAUAUAGAACCAAAUCAUCAUCGCCAACAGUGUUGCUCGUUGUUUGUUUGGGGGGAAAUUGCAAAUGGUCAGUUCGUGGCAUGAGAUUGGAUGACAGUGGUUUGUUUCAAAUUAAGAGGUUUGAUCAUAAGCAUACAUGUUCAAUUGAUGUUAGGCAAGCCAAUAGUCGCCAAGCUACUUCAUCCCUAAUUGUGGAGCUUAUCAAACAUCAUUACGGUGACGCCGAUAGAAAACAUUACCUGCCUCAAGCAAUAAUGGAUGACAUGAAGAGAAUGUAUGGCGUCUACAUGACAUACAAAAAGGCUUGGUUUGCUAGGGAACUCGCAAUGAAACUGGCAAUGGGAUCCGAAAAAGAGUCGUACAGUAGACUCCCUUCUUUAUGUCAUAUGUUGAGAUCAGCAAAUCCAGGUUCUGUUGUGUCAUAUUCGUGCAAAGAAAACGGAGAUUUUGAAUAUUUUUUUAUGUCUCUUCAUGCAUGGCAGUCGGGAUGGGAGCAUUGCUUUCCCGUAAUGAUUGUUGACGGCUCUUUUCUGAAGUCGUAUUACAAGGGAACUUUACUGACCGCAUGCACCCAAGACGCAAACAAACAAAUCUUUCCUCUUGCAUUUGCUAUUUGUAGUGUUGAAAACACAGUUAAUUGGACAUGGUUUUUUACAAUGCUAAAAC